AUGUACACAACCAAAUCCCUCCUAUCCACCCUAAUACCGAUAAUGAUCCCCCUCUCCCUGGGGUCAGUCUCGUCCCCAAAUCUCCUCCCUACACCCCCAAUGGGCUUCAACAACUGGGCCCGCUUCAUGUGCGACCUCAACGAGACACUUUUCCUCGAAACCGCCUCCGCAAUGAUCUCAACUGGCCUUCUAGAAGCAGGCUACAACCGCCUCAACCUGGAUGACUGCUGGAUGGCCUACGACCGCGCCGCGGACUCCUCCCUCCAAUGGAACACAACCAAAUUCCCCCACGGCAUCCCAUGGCUUGCCUACCGCCUCAAAACCCAAGGCUUCCACUUAGGAAUCUACCAAGACGCAGGAAACCUCACCUGCGGCGGGUAUCCCGGCUCGUUCGGCUACGAGGCCCUCGACGCCCAAACCUUCGCAGCCUGGGGAAUCGACUACCUAAAGCUUGACGGAUGCAAUGUCUUCCCGGAGCACUCUCGCACAUUAGAAGAAGAGUACAAAGCCCGCUACGCACACUGGCACAACGUCCUAAGGCAGAUGCACCCCCCGCUCAUCUUCUCCGAAAGCGCCCCUGCGUACUUUGCCGACCCCGCCAAUCUGACCUCCUGGUAUGAGGUCAUGGACUGGGUUCCUGCGUUCGGGGAGCUAGCGCGCCACUCGACUGAUAUCCUGGUAUAUGUCGGGGAAGGCAGUGCCUGGGAUAGUAUCAUGGUGAACUAUCACUAUAACACACUGCUGGCGCGGUACCAGCGGCCGGGGUACUUCAAUGAUCCGGACUUUUUGAUACCGGAUCACCCUGGGUUGACGCUUGAGGAGAAACGCUCGCAGUUUGCGCUGUGGGCGUCGUUUUCGGCGCCGUUGAUUGUUAGUGCGUAUAUUCCGGGCCUUUCGGGGGAGGAGUUGGCGAUUCUGAGGAACGAGGAGUUGAUCACGGUUGAUCAGGAUGUGUUGGGGUUGCAGGCGACGUUGGCGAGUCGCGGGGAGGAGGUUGAUGUUUUGACAAGGAGUUUGGCGCAUGGGGAUCAGUUGCUCACGGUGUUGAAUCGGGGGGAUGGGGUCCCGGUGGUUAGGGUGCCGGUUGAGUGGAUGGGGUUGCAGAGAGGUUGUGCGUAUGUGGUUAAGAACCUGUGGGAUGGGGAGGUGCAGGUGCUGGAGGAGGAGAUAGUGAUCAGGCUGAACUCGCAUGCUACGCAGGUAUACCGGAUCGCUUUGCCGGAGGAGUGCUCUACUGUCAUUCCUACUGGGAUCGUGUUCAAUACGGCGUCGGGGAACUGUCUCACGGACGAGAACGGCGAGAGGGUUGGGUUCGAGGCUUGCAGAGGAUCGGAGACGCAGGUUUGGCAGGUGAGCGAGCUGGGACAUCUACAUCCACUGUCAAGAACAUCGCAUUGCUUGACUGCAGGGAGUCAAGCCUCUGUCCAGUUGUGCACUGGGCAGAAGAACCAGCAGUGGACUUAUGAGAUAACGGGCAAUCUCAAGAAUGAACACACAAAGAUGUGUUUGACGGAGGGAACUGGAAUAUCUCAAUGUGGGUUUGAACGAGAUAGCCAGGUAUUCGGUCUGCCGAGUGGUGUAGACAUCAAGUCCAGUUAG